AGAUAAGAAACAGAAUAAAUUCUCUCCUAAGGAUUGCUCUGGAUCUCUGAUUGCCCAAGACUAACUCACCUGAGACCAUGGCGUUCGAUGGUACUUGGAAAGUCUGCCAGAAUGACAACUAUGACAACUUCAUGGAAAAAAUGGGUAUUAAUGUGAUGAAAAGGAAGCUUGCAGCUCAUGAUAAUCUGAAGGUGACAAUUAAACAAGAUGGAAACAAGUUCACAGUCAAAGAAUCAAGCACUUUUCGAACCAUUGAUAUUGUUUUUGAACUUGGUGUCACAUUUAAUUAUACCUUAGCAGAUGGGACUGAAGUCAGUGGAGCCUGGACACUUGAGGGAAACAAAUUGGUUGGAAAAUUCAAGCGGCUGGACAAUGGAAAUGAACUGAAUACCUUCCGAGAAAUUAUCGGUGGUGAACUAGUCCAGACGUACACAUAUGAAGGUGUGGAAGCCAAGAGGCACUUCAAAAAGGAGUAAGCCUCAUUCUUCGAGCAGAGCCAGCAACACAAAUUGGAUGGAGGAUCUACACUGCAACAAAACUGUUUUUUCUUUCCUCAUGAAAU